GGCAUCUCCAUUUACAGAAAAAAACAGCUGGCAGCCAAUUUUAAUAGUUUUAAUUAAUUUGUGCGUGAAAUAAAGUCGUAAAAUUUUAAUUUUGUUAGAAAAUUAAUAAAUUAACUAAUAAAAUUUACCUAAAUCUCAUCAAGUAAACCAGAGACUGUUUUAGUGUGUGGUAGGCAUACAAAUAUUACCCCCCUUCUUCUUCACACUUCAAAGACUGUGUUGUAUUGACUGAUUGCCGAACAAAGUUCAGAAGAUUUACAAUUUAGUUGAAGAUAAUAAUUAUAGUUGAAAGUGAAUAAACAAAAUCGAUAUGUCGGAGAAUGCCACAGUCAGCAAUUUUCGCAGUCCCGUGGUGGCUGAGCCUAUUUUAAUGCCUCCCACUAUGGGUGCAGGUGGUGGUGAUAUGGGCAUGUCAAGUUUGAGUUCAGAUGCAAUUUUGAGAACUCCUGCUGGUAAUGUACGGUCUUUGGCACCGCCCCCUUUGCCUAUGGCUCCCAGUUCACAAUAUUCAUCUGCCGGUAUGGGUAUGGGAGGUGGUGCUUAUGCCGGUGGUUAUGGUGGCUAUGGUGGUGGUUUUGGUAGUUAUGGUGGAGGCUUUGGUUCUAGUUAUGGUGCUGGUUAUGGAGGUUUUGGUGGACUAGGAAGUUAUGGUGGCUACGGUGGUGGUUAUGGCGCUUAUAACCGUUUUGGCAUGUCUGGCGUUGGCAUGAAUCCUAUGGAUCCAGAGGCCCGUUUUAUACAAUUGGCAGAAGCUAGUUCAAGGCCUGCUUUUCAGAGCAUAGAAUCUUUAGUAUCAGCUAUUGGCAAUAUCGCUUCCAUGUUGGAUUCUACUUUCUUUGCCUUAACCAGUUCGUUUAGAGCUAUUUUAGGAGUGGCAGCCAAUUUUGGACGUUUGAGAGGUGUGUUUGCACAAUUUUGGUCUACUUUUGCCAUAUUCCGGGGUCUUACAUGGAUCUACAGAAAAAUUCUCUAUUGGUUGCGCAUCUCUAAUAUGGAUCCCUCCUCGGAGUCGUUUAAGAAAGCCUUUGCUGAAGCCUUGAAUGAAUCUUCAAGCCAACAACAGGGUGCUCCCAAGCUGCCACGCAAAGGUCAAUCUCCUUGGCCUGUUUUAGCUUUCCUUAGUUUCAUAUUCACCGCUCCUUAUUUGAUUAUGAAACUAUUGGGUACUGUUACCAAUACUGCACAGGAAGAAGGUAUGUAUUUCUUGUUAUAUUUUUAGAUUUUUGUUAUUUUA